AUGGCCUCCUCCGCCGCCUCCCUGUCGCCGACCACUGCCGCGCUGCUACGCGCCUCGCCGAACUCUCGUCCUCACCACAACCACAAUCACAACCACAACCACAACCUCAGCUCCAGCCAGAAUCACCAGCAGAAUCAGCAGAGCUACAGCAGCCUCCAGCAGCGUCCGUCUCCUCUCCUGGCCUCGACCACUCCUCGCUCCUCGCCGCGGCAGACAGAGACCAGCCAGCUGCAGCAGCAUCAGCAUCCGGCAGACAGCGGCUCCUGCUCCUCGCCCGAGAUCGAGCAGCUGCGGACGACGUUCAAGCGGCAGACGGUAGAUGCGGGCACCCAGUACUCUCGCCCCUCGACCCCGUCUGAUACUGCUGCCGCCGGUGAGAGUUCACGUAUGCCGGGCACUGCUAUAGGGACCAAACGCACCCCUCCAGAUGCGACGAAAGUGAUUGCGGCCCCCGGACCUGCCAACAACAACAACAACAACAACAACAACAACGGCAGCAGCAGCAACAGCAAACAACGACAACUGCCACAGCAACAACAGCAACAGCAACAGGCACGCCAGCAGAACCAGCGCCGGCAGCAAUUGGACGAUGAUGACAGGCCGCCGGAAGGUUCGGCCUCCAAGAGGUUAAGGCCUGCCAAACCCCCGGUCAAGCUUCUCCCUCGACGUUAUGAAGCUGCAGACCCGCGGGACCUGGUAGUCCUGAUCUCAAGCAUGAUCAUGGAGCUCAUCCGCUUCAACGACCAGAUCCCGCUCCGGGACGGCAGGCUGACUCGGUUUCACUCCCGCUCUCCGCCCCGGAUAUCGGUCCAGGACUACCUGCAGCGUCUCACCACUCACGCAACGCUCUCGCCUCCCAUCCUGCUAAGCAUGGUGUACUACAUAGACCGUCUUUGCGCGCUGUACCCGGCCUUCACCAUCUCCAGCUUGACCGUCCACCGGUUCCUCAUCAGCAGUGCCACCGUCGCCAGCAAGGGGCUCAGUGACAGCUUUUGGACCAACAAGACAUACGCCCGAGUGGGAGGUAUCAGCGUGGAGGAACUGGCCCUCCUGGAGCUAGAGUUUCUCUGGCGGGUGGAAUGGCGUAUCGUCCCCCAGCCAGAGGUCCUUGUUGACUACUAUCUCAGCCUGGUCGAGCGUUGCGACGACUACGAGAUGCAACCAGAGCUUCCUCCGCCCAUCCCCCCGGCAGUCACGGCAGCCGGAGGUGCUCGUUCAAUCCGGGCUCCUGCUGCUGCUCCUCCUGCUGCUUCUGCACCUGUCCCGAGACCCGCACCAGCUGCUUCCUCUGCGCCAACCGACUCUCAACCCAAAUCCCACGUAAAACCUGAGCCUUCAACCACCACCACCACCACUACUGAAAAGACCGAACCAGUCUCGACGCAGAGCACGCCAUCUUCUUCCACAUAG